AUUUUACAAAAGUUCAUUUCAAAUGGUACAUUCAUUUCGAGUAGUAUAUUCUGAACAGUAAUGGUUUGUGUGCGGCAUAAAAUAUACGCAGUCCAUAAGAUUAGUUCAGUCGCGUAUGAAUGACGCAGAACUUAUUGUAGACAUACAAUUAUUUCCGUUUAUAUUUUUCCUUUUUUCCUCUUUUUUGUUUGUUUUUUUCUUUUUUUUUUUGUUUUUUUCAAUAAUAAUUACUGGUUAAAUUUAGUGUUAUCAGAUUGUGAAAGGAAAAAAAAAAAAGAAAAAUUAAUAAUAAUGCCAAUGGAAAAAGUAAUGUGGUUGUUGAGGUUAGUUUAGAUUAGAAACAGGUCGAUAUAUUUUAUUAUAAAACAUAACUCGUGUCACGUGUAUAUCCAGAAUCGUAGUGGGAAUAAAGUUGACUAUAAUUGUCUGAAUUUAACAGCGUGAUAUAUUGUUAAGUUUUUGUUUAUUUAUAAGUGAACGUUAAUCAUUAUAACGAUGGAUUUAUCAAUGGUACCAUUAACGGCCCUAUCUAUAAGAACUAAAAAUACUAUUUCUAACCUAUUAAAUCCUACAAAAUUUCUUCCAUGCGAUAAUGGUUUACCCAGAGAUUGGAGAGGUUUAGCACAUUUAGCAAAUAUAGAAGGUGAACUUCUACCUUUGGUAUCGUCUCAUUCUGAUCAAACUAUGUUUAUUCUAAACACUGUUAUAAAAAGAAAAAGUAAUGAUGAUAUUGCAAACUUGCUACAUAUGUUAUCUACGCUAGAAAGAUGGGAUAUUAUUGAUGAUAUUCAACAAUUCAUCGAUGAGGAUAUUAAAAAAUAUUUAGAAUGUUUGGAAAAAUCUCAAAUAACAGUUGAAGCGAUCGAGGAAAAUAUCGAUAUUAAAGUAUUAACAGUAGAUGAUAUUUAUAGAAUUAAACAAGGUUUAGAAAAUCAGAGAUAUGAUGCUUUUGUUUUGUAUGCUAAUGAAGAUAUUGACUUUGCAAAUGAAAUGAUAGAUAAGCUUGAAAAAUUCAACAUAAAACUUUGUAUAAAGGAUCGAGAUUUAAUAGGAGGUAUUAAUUUUGAACAUGAGGCUGUGAUGACUCUUAUAUCAGAACGUUGUAAUAGAAUGAUCAUAAUAAUAUCUCCUAAUUUUUUUAAGAGUUCUGCAAACGAGUUUUUUUUUAAUUAUUCUCAAGCCCUAAGUAUUGAUAAGCGUCAAAGGAAAAUUAUACCAUGUUUAUACAAAAAGUGUGUAUUACCGCUUCAACUUAAGUAUAUGUUUAUUCUUGAUUAUACUCGAGUCGGUUUAUAUGAUUUUUGGGAACGAUUAAGAGAUUCCAUUCAGGUUUCAAAUACAUUACAUAAUAGAAAUAUAAGGGAGCAAGAAUUAUUAAAAUUAACAUUAAAACAAGAAACUAAAGAACAAAGUCAUGAAACUAUUCCUUAUUUGCCGUCUCUGGAUAAUUUAAGUACAUUAAGUAUUACAAUAGAUUCAACGGAUAUAAGUCAAAAUAAAUGUAAAGAAAAUAAGGCCAAGAAGAAGAAAUUUCAAAAAAUCAAGACAUUUAAAAAAAUGUUAAUGUUAAAGUCAUGACAGAUAGAAUAUCUUUCAAUAAUUAUGUAAAAAUUCAUUUAUAUAAUGUACAUAUGUAAAUAUGCAAAUUUGUGUGUGUAUAUAUAUAUAUAUAUAGAAUGUUUUACUUAACUUGGAUAAUUCAAGUAUUUACGCUGCUUUUGACGAUAGAAUACAAUGUAAAUAAUAGAAGUAUUUUUCUAUAAUAUUUAUACUUCAAUUUGAUAUCUCAUAUUAGAAAAUUUCUAAUUUUAUAUUCAUAGUAAAUUAAUAUUUAUUGU